AAGCUGGCCAAAUCAAAGCAAUGCCCACUGUAUGUAUCUAUCUAUCUAUAUUGUGAAGUCACGCUACACAUGUUAUGUUUUUUCUCCAACAGAGAAGAUAUUGUUGAAUAAAGACCAUGUGCAAGCAAUAUUUCUGUCAAAAGAAAGGAAAAUGAAACAUGCCUUGAUCAAGCAAGGAAUGCAUCAGAAGAAGUCCUGCUUUGAAAUGGCCAUAAAUGCUAAUGGUGUAUCCCCUAAAGCUAAAUACACAGACGUUGUGACUGACAUAUUCCUGUGUACUGGGGGGAUUGAUCCCCAGACUGAUGAUGCUGCUUGUAAAGGAGAGUCUGGUGGUGCUUUGUUUCUUGAAAGGAACAGCCGCUCAAUUCAGGUUGGAGUUAUCAGUUGGGGUGUGCAGGACAUUUGCACAGGGGGCUCAGAAAAAUCCAGUGCAACACACAGAGACUAUCACAUCAGCCUCUUUAAAGUACAAGUACGGCAGUUCUUGAAGGACAACGUGAAGGAUGGAGUAACAUUUCUAAACUGAAACUAUGACCUCAUAUUUUCCAAAACAAUUUCUGUCUACAGUGUCAAUUUAACUUUUAAUUGAUUUGAUAUAAAGGAAAUGUAUGCUUUUAGUGUAUUUAAAACACAUUCAAUAUUGUGCUAACCUGAAAACAUUGUGCAAAAAAACUAUAAAGAUUACAUUUUGAAUUUGACUGUUUGCAUCCAUCAUGAACCAUGUAAUUUACAGGAGUAAGCCAUACACUUUUCAAUUCUUCUAUAAAAAUAAAUGAAUGAAUGAAUGAAUUAAAAUAUAUUUUAUAUAAUGUA